AAACGAAAGACAUUGAGAUAUCUCAUCCGUCUGAGUAAAUAACGGAUUAGGCUGUCCUUUUUUUUUAUCUUUUGUUUCCCACAGUUUGGAAAACGUGGGUCGUUGGAGAAGCAUGGAUUUGCAAGGAAUAGGAUAUGGAUGAUUGAUGAGAAUCCUCCACCUCUGCCGUCUGCUGAUCAUACUAACAAAGCAUUCAUUGAUUUGAUUCUCAAAUCAUCUGAUGAUGAUCUCAAAAUCUGGCCUCAUAGUUUUGAGUUCCGGAUUAGGGUGAAUCUGAGCGUUGAUGGAUGUUUAAGCUUGACCUCACGAAUCCGCAAUGUCAACUGCAAGCCCUUUAGCUUCUCGUUUGCUUAUCACACUUACUUCUCUGUCUCAGAUAUCAGUGAGGUGAGAGUAGAGGGGUUGGAAACACUUGACUAUCUCGACAGCCUGUUUAACAAAGAGCGUUUCACAGAACAAGGCGACGCCUUAACAUUUGAAUCCGAGUGGUGUGGAAUCUGUGGGAGAAGAAAGCAAAGACGAUAGCUGAUUUGGGAGACGAUGAGUACAAGCAGAUGCUGUGUGUGGAUGCAGCAGCUAUAGAGAAAAGCCGAUUGCUCUCAAACCCGGGGAGGAGUGGACAGGGCGAGUCAAGCUGUCUCUCGUCGCAUCUAUACAGUAGAUUUCAUGUUGAAACUAAUAGGAGUUUUACUAACAAAGCCAGCUGGUGGCCUUAUUUCUGUGUCACCUCAAAUAACAAUGCUCAAAGCAGAAGUCAUUUUCCUGUAUUUUGUGAGAAUGGCUGGCUGAUUUUUAUUGCCA